AUUUUUUUGCUCUCUUGUUGGAAAGAAAACAAAAAACUGACGUGAAGGUUAAUUGUCACAAGUUUUUUAAAUGUAAAAAAACAAUUGUGAAUUAUUUAAAUAAUUUUCUUUUAUGUUCGGUAUGAACGUCGUUAGAAUAAAUUCAAAAAAUGUAAUCUUUCUAAUUCUGGGAAUAUUGUCAACGACAAUCAAACAAGCACACAUGGGCUAUGAAAGUAUAGCGAGUUAUGCUCUAAAAGAUGCGAAUACAAAUUCGACUCCUGCAUUUUCCAAUCGAAAGGAGGAAUCAAUUAAUUUAUGUCCCACUGGAGGACAAUGUUCAGAAUUAGGUGGAGAAUGUUUAAAAUGUAAUUUUAAUGCAAAUUGUGUUUAUGGUGACAUUUACAAAGUCAACUGUACUGUCUUGGACCAGGUUGAUUGUAUUGGAGAGACGACCAUCGAGAAAACAUUUAUGUGUCGAUAUUGUUAUCAAACUGAACACUGGGAACAUAAAUGUCAACAGAAAAAUUCAUGCAGUUCAAUUGCAUCACCACAACAAUAUUAUCGAACGAAUUGUACAGUUAAUAGUGAUGUGAUUUGUUUGGGUAGAAGAACUUUUUUGAAAAAUUUACCGUGCAAUUGGACGGGAGGUUAUCGUUGGUCUACUGCUUUUAUAUUGAGUAUAACUCUUGGAGGAUUUGGAGCUGACAGGUUCUACUUAGGUCAUUGGCAAGAAGGUAUCGGAAAAUUAUUCAGUUUCGGAGGAUUGGGAGUGUGGACUUUAAUUGACGUGAUGUUAAUUUCCAUGAGAUAUUUAGGACCAGCAGAUGGUUCUUUAUAUAUUUAGAAAAAUCAAUAUGCUUUCAUCAGGAAGCAAAAAAAGACUUUAAUAUUAUUAAAACUACUGUUGUUUUACUUUUAAUUGUAAAUCUAAUUUUGUUAUUUUUAUAUAAACUCGGCAUUAUAGUUUAGAAAAUAAUGAAAACUUAUUUUUAUUAAUUAUCACAAUUCUAGAGUCAUUAAAGUGUAUAUCAUAAUAUAUAUUAUUACAUUUUAGCAAUUUUUAA